AUGAUGGAGGAAGAGCCCCGCAGAGGCCAGAAAGAGAGUCCAGAGGACACAGGCAAGUUAUUUGUGAAAGCAGGAAUGGAGUGUGGGCGAGGCUUUACACGGAAGUCAGAUCUCGUCAAACACCAGAGGACACACUCUGGGGAGAAGCCCUAUGUUUGCAGGGUGUGUGGGCGAGGCUUUACAUGGAAGUCAAGUCUCCUCAGACACCAGAGGACACACUCAGGGGAGAAGCCCUAUGUUUGCAGGGAGUGUGGGCGAGGCUUUACACAGAAGUCACACCUCAUCACACACCACAGGAUACACUCAGGGGAGAAGCCCUAUGUUUGCAGGGAGUGCAGGCGAGGCUUUACAGACAAGUCACAUCUCAUCACACACGAAAGAAUACACUCAGGGGGGAAGCCCUAUGUUUGCAGGGUGUGUGGGCAAGGCUUUACAGACAAGUCAAGUCUCAUCACACACAAGAGGAUACACUCAGGGGAGAAGCCCUGUGUUUGCAAGGACUGUGGGCGAGGCUUUACCCGGAAGUCAGGUCUCGUCAAACACCAGAGGACACACUCGGGAGAGAAGCCCUAUGUUUGCAGGGAGUGUGGGCGAUGCUUUACACAGAAGUCACACCUCAUCACACACCACAGUAUACACUCAGGGGAGAAGCCCUAUGUUUGCAGGGAGUGUGAACAAGGCUUUACACGGAAGUCAAGUCUCCUCAGACACCAGAGGACACACUCUGGGGAGAAGCCCUAUGUUUGCCGAGAGUGUGGGCGAGGCUUUACACAGCAGUCAACUCUCAUUGUACACCAGAGGACACACUCAGGGGAGAAGCCCUAUGUUUGCAAGGAGUGUGGAAAAGGCUUUACAUGCAGGUCAGAUCUCGUCAAACACCAGAGGACACACUCUGGGGAGAAGCCCUAUGUUUGCAGGGAGUGCGGGAGAGGCUUUACAGACAAGUCACGUCUCAUCACACACCAGAGGAUACACUCGGGAGAGAUGCCCUAUGUUUGCAGAGAGUGUGGGCGAGGCUUUACACAGAAGUCACAUCUCAUCAUACACCAGACGACACACUCUGGGGAGAAGCCCUAUGUUUGCAGGGAAUGUGGGCAAGGCUUUACAUGGAAGUCAGGUCUCAUCACACAUGAGAGGAUACACACUGGGGAGAAGCCCUAUGUUUGCAGGGAGUGUGGGCAAAGCUUUACACAGAAGUCAACUCUCAUCGGUCAGCAUUUCCUGGUGCACAGCAUACAGAUUCCACAUCAGUCCAUAGUGGGUGUGAGUCUGAACUCGGUCUUCUCCAGCUGUGUGACCUAA